CACUUUGGGUUUUACAACACAAAAUCUUUCAAGCAGCGGUACCUGAUCGCCGACAGGUACUGGAAGACGUACGACGGUGUAAUCCUUUUUUACACUGGCAACGAAGGGGACAUUACCUGGUUCGCAAAUCACACGGGGUUCAUGUGGGAUGUGGCUGAGAGGUUGAAAGCUUUGCUUGUGUUUGCUGAACAUCGGUACUAUGGGGAGUCCCUGCCCUUCGGUGAGGACUCUUUCAGGGAUGCCAAGCAUUUGAAUUUCCUGACAUCAGAACAAGCUCUGGCUGAUUUUGCAGAGUUAAUCAGACACUUGAGAAAAACUGUCCCAGGCGCCGAUGGUCAACCCUUCAUCGCCAUCGGAGGCUCUUACGGUGGUGUGCUUGCAGCCUGGUUCAGGAUGAAAUAUCCUCAUUUAGUAGUUGGAGCUCUUGCAGCUUCUGCUCCUAUCUGGCAGUUUCAAGACUUGAUUCCCUGUGGUGUGUUUAUGAAGAUAGUAACUGAGGAUUUUAGGAAAAGUGGAGAAAAAUGUUCGGAGAGCAUCCUCAGGUCUUGGGGUGCCAUUAACCGACUCUCAAAUACGGGCAGUGGUCUACCAUGGCUCACCAGAAACUUACACCUGUGUGCUUCCUUAAACUCUGAGGACAUCCAACGCCUGAAAGACUGGAUCGCUGAGACCUGGGUGAACCUGGCCAUGGUGAACUACCCAUACCCAGCCAGCUUUUUAAAGCCUUUGCCUUCUUGGCCUAUCAAGGUCGUGUGCCAGUAUCUGACAAACCCCUACAUGUCAGAUUCCCUGCUGAUUCAGAACAUCUACCAAGCUCUAAAUGUAUAUUACAAUUACUCAGGCCAGUCCAAAUGCAACAAUAUUUCUGAAACAACAAUCGGAAACUUGGGGUCCCGAGUUUGGGGCUACCAGACCUGCACGGAAAUAAUUCUGCCCUUUUGCACAAAUGGUAUUGAUGACAUGUUUGAGGCCCGUGCAUGGGAUUUAGAUAAGUAUUCUGAUGACUGUUAUAAGCAGUGGGGUGUGCGGCCACGCCCUUCCUGGAUCACUACCCUAUAUGGAGGCAAAGACAUCCGUUCAUAUUCGAACAUCAUUUUCAGCAAUGGUGACCUGGACCCAUGGUCGGGAGGUGGAGUUACUGAAGAUCUCUCUGAUACACUGGUGGUAGUCAACAUUCCAGAGGGGGCCCACCAUUUAGAUCUGCGAUCGAGCACGGACAUGGAUCCACCGUCCUUACAGUUAGCCCGCACAGUAGAAGUCAAACACAUGAAGCAAUGGAUCACGGAUUUCUAUGGCAAUGACAGAAGGCUGCCCUUAGCAACUUAAAAAAAAAAAAGACUUUUAUUUUCUUCUUUUAUGUUUGCUCCACCCACACACCCAUUCAGUUUGAUUUUUUUAUAUGUAAUUACUUUCUCUCUUUUGUCAAUAUAUGUGUUGGGUCAAGGCUGAGACAGAGAGAGUGACGGGGUGCGCACAGCCAUCCCACCCAGGUGACUGCUCCUCAUUCAUUUCUUUGUGUCACUCCCCAGGAAGAACGUCAUCAUGGCGGCUCUCCUGCCAUCAGAACUGGCAUGGUUCCUGACUGUCUUUCAGCAGAGGGAGAGCCACUUUUCUCACAAGUGGGGACGUGUCCUUGGUUUUGAGGUGGUCGUCUCUCUGGCCCAUUGUGAGCCCCCAUUCCUGGCACCAAAGGAAAAGCAGAAGCUGGGCUAGAAAUGCUGCCACUGCAGCUGGUGGGCUGUGUGGUGCCAAUCCAGGAAACGGGGCGGCUUCCUGUGAGCUCCAUGGCGGCCUUUGAACUGCGCUGCAAUAAAGACCAAGGCAGACCUA